AUGAUGCUUCUCUCCAGCACCAUCCUCGCGGCCUGCUUGGGACUCAUCGUCCCAGGCAAUGCUUUCUCGGAAAGGCGAAUUGACAGGAGCAUUCACGAACAGCGUGCAGAAGGUUCUUGUUCGGGGGAACAGGCUCCCGCUGUUGCUCCGCACAAAAACUUCUGGGGUGGCUUGACGGCGGCAGAGACUAGAGAUGUCUUGGCUCUUCUGCACAGUGACGCUGUCGGCUUCAAUCUUACGAAUGCAAACAAUGCUACAAGCAUGUCAGUUGAGCUCAUGAUGCCCAACAAGACAGACGUUCUUCCUCUGCUAUCCAACAGCAGCGGAACUCCGACUAGGUACGCGUUAGCUGCGGUAAUGUUUGGAGUUCCGGAGGAAGCCUAUCUUCAGGAAUUCAAAGUCGGUCCUCUGCCAAUCACUAAUGAAUCGGCUGUGCUACCUUUCACUUUCGCCAACACUAGGAAGAACCCAAAGAUCUCAGUUGUAAACCCUGACACGGAUGACUAUGCUGCAUUUAAUCUGCAGAAUAUGAAGGAAGCGGAAGAUGUAACAAAGAAGCUUUGGAACCUUACGGUUGAUGAUGGCCUCCAAAUACCCCUGGCUUUUGCUGCUCCCAUUACAGCAUCUGAAGGAAAGGUCAUUAUGUGGCAAGGAUUUAAUGCUCCAGUCACAAGCAUCUACGAUACAAUAUCCCUUCUGCCUCUAGGCCUCUAUAUGAGAACGGAUAUCACCGGCCGCGAUCCUAGCAAGUGGGCAGUGACUGGCUGGGUCUAUAACAACGAGUUCUACCCAACACUUGAUGACUUCCGCAAGGUUAUUAAUCAACCGGACUUCAAGCCUUUGGAAAUGAACGUGGACGAGCCCUGGGCUCAUACGCGAACAAUUGGAGACCCCUUGCCUUUUGAAACCCUCCCACCACCUGCGUCAGUCCAAUCAGGCAAGGAAAGAUUUUCUGUUGAUGAGCGGGAGAAUUACGUUACUUGGAUGGAUUUCUCAUUCUACGUCAGCAUCACCCGCGACAAUGGCUUGCGUCUCUACGAUAUUCGUUACAAGGGCAGGAGAAUUCUCUACGAGCUUGGCAUGGACGAAGCCAUCGCACAUUACGCUGGAAUAGACCCGGUACAAUCAGGCACAUGCUACUUCGACAGCAUGAGCGGCUUUGGACCCCCAAUGAUUUCCCUUGUGAGAGGCUACGACUGCCCAGCGUACUCCCAUUACCUUAAUGUGUCUCAAACUACCGGCGAGACUACAUACACCCAGAAUGACGGCCUAUGCAUGUUCGAGAUUGACAAAGGGUUUCCCAUCCAGCGUCACUCCUGGGCUGGUUAUACAACUGUCACUAAGAACAUUGCGUUCAACGUUCGCGCCGUCUACACUAUCGGCAAUUAUGACUACAUGACUACAUAUCAAUUCUCCCUUGAUGGGUCAAUUGAAGUCGCGGUUCGGGCCUCGGGGUACAUCUCGUCGGCAUUCUACGCCCAAAACGAAGACUAUGGUUUCAAGAUCCAUGAUAGCCUCUCUGGAUCCCUGCAUGAACAUGUCAUUACCUUCAAGGCUGACUUUGACAUCUUGGGAGAAGCUAAUUCACUACUUAAGGCUGCUAUCGUGCCGACUACUGAGACAUACAAAUGGUCCAAUCGAACUCACAAGACGAUGAAGAUUACGAAGAGCUUCAUUGAAAAUGAAGAUGACGGAAAGAUCAACUGGUCGCCUAACAGUGGCCCAAUAUACGCCGUUGUCAACAAGGACGCUCCAAAUAAAAAUGGCGAAUUUCCUGGUUAUAGGAUGGCUCCAGCGGCCAGUGUUUCACACCUUACGAUCGAGGAUUCGGAUGUCACUCGAAAUGCGGCUCACCACACCACCCACCACCUCUACGCUACCAGACAAAAAGACAACGAGAUUUAUGCAGUGGGCGCAUAUAACUCGCUUACCCCUGAUGAUCCUCAAGUGAAUUUCAAUGAGUACUUCAAUGGCGAGUCUCUCCUACAGGAAGACAUCGUUCUAUGGUUCAAUUUAGGUAUGAAACAUGCACCGCAUUCGGGAGAUUUACCGAAUACCGUCUUCUCCACGGCUCACUCGGCCAUGACUAUCGAACCUUUCAACUAUUUGACCGGAGAUCCAUCCCAAGCAAGCAGACAACAAGUCUUGAUCAAGACCAAAGAUGGCAAAGCAGAAAUCACCCGUUACGGUGCCCAAGAAGCUACUUGUCCAAUUGACUUGGCCCAGCUCAACCCAGACCUCUCACAGUACUCGAAUAGUAUCAGUAUACUCAAAUAUCCAUUCGAUGGAUCGAAGCCAGAUCGUGCUUAA